AAUAAAUUGCUCUGCCUUAGGAUGUGCUUCUAACAUUGGCACUUUAGCCUGGGACAGACUAUCAUCUUUGCAUCUUGGGUCCCUGUACCGUGAAGACAUCAUGACUUGGCUCUUGGUUCAGAUCUUUGGGAUCAUCUGUGGAGCCAUUGGGAUGGUUCUUACCUGGAUCAUUACGAUCAUGCCUCAGUGGAGGAUAUCUGUCCUGGCAGAGAACAAUGGACUUGCCAAUGGUCGGAUUGACGGACAAUGGAUCAGCCGGUGGGAUGGCUUAUGGACAACCUGUGUCAGCCAGUCUAGAAUCCCUUUACAGUGCAGCAGCUAUGAAUCCCAGGUGUCGCUGACAACAGACUUAAAAGCUGGAAGGGUUUUGAUGGCCUUUUCUGUUAUGAUGACGUUCGUUGCCUGUAUAUUCUCUCUGGUUGCAAUUCUUUUGACCAGAUGCAAUAAGGAGGGCCUGCAGACAAAGCACUGCAUGCGUCUGACAGCAGGAAUCCUGUAUAUCAUAAGUGCCGCACUCAUUAUAAUUCCAGUGGCCUGGACAACAAGCAACAUUCUCCGAAAAUACUAUGAUGCGGCUGUAUGCAGAGGUGCAGUGAGGAUAGAGAUGGGUGAAGCCCUCUUCUUGGCUUGGCCUGCUAUUGUCUUUAUUCUUAUCGGAGGAAUAAUCAUGUGUUGGCGUUACGACUGCAGAUGCAGGAAUGGCAGCUGUUGCUAUUUGCCACCUCCUGACAGCUGCGGCUAUGUGCCACCUCGUGAAUGUGAACUGGAGUGUACACCAAGUCGUCCAGAAAUACGCCGAAACUGCAAUAGCCGAAGUGAAUAUAUAUAGAGGGCAAGAGCUUGAUAAAUUCGAGGACAGAAAAAUUAUGUGUGUGAAUUUUUUUUUUUUAUUGUGAACCUUUUAUUCCUUUGUGUUUUUUGACAUGGCCAAUGCCCACACUUGGUGUUAAAGGUUGAACAUUUCUACAAGGGUCUAUGUAGAUGUACUUUGAAUGGACUCUACACAAUGUUCACUUGGACAAAGCAUUCCACGUCGUGGCUGUGAUUUCAUCAAGAUAAUCCCAUACAAACUCAUUUGAUUAUAGAAGGGGACCCAAAGGGUAAAGUACUACUGUGAUAACAAACACCUUAAUUGGGACAUUCUUUAGAGUUGGUUCACACUAAGGCGGCACGACUCCGGGGGCGGCUCUACAAGUCGUCCUGAGGACGACUCCAGAGGCGAUUUGCAAGACGACUCUGUAUAGAAGUCAAUGCAAGUCGCCCCGAGCCGCCCCCGAAGUCGUACAGGGAGUAAAUUUCUAAGUCGGAGUGUCUUGCGUCGCUCCGAUUAGAACGCUCCCAUUGCACUGCAUGGGAAGCGACUCGUCAGGCGGCUAAGCCGCCUGUCGUGUCGCCCCAGUGUGAACCGGGUCUUAAAGUGGUAUUAAACC